AUGCGCGACUACCCUCAUAGCCCAAUCGAUAGUGCAAUGUAGAGACAGCCUGUUGGGCUCCCGUUAUUUUCUCCUUAUUUCCGAAUAAUUUAGACUUUUUGCGUGAUUAUUGUGAAGAAACAAAUUCACGGUGUCGGUGUCAAGUAGCGUCCUGCCGGGAGCUAUCACGAUGAAGAUGUUGGCGCCCCGCGACGGUCCCGACAUCGUGCCAGUCGAGUCCUCUGGCGAGUGGCACGGGCGCACGUUCUGGGCGGUGGUGGUGUGCGCGUCCGCGGCGGCGGUGGCGUUGCUCGCCGCGCUCGUCUGCUGGAUCGCACGCCGCAGGAACUCGCUCGCUCACAAACUAGGCGGCAAGCGCGGCCCGGACAAGGCUCUGGUAUUCCAACCCCCCCGCCGAGCGACGGCGGUGCGCUCACCCGGCUCGGCCACGCACUACCUGCGCAAGUCGCCAUCACCGACUGCGCCUGCGCCACCCGCCGCCACCUCGCCGCCGCAGCCGCAGCCCCAACCGGUGCCCCCGCAGAACCCGUCAUCAACGAGCAACAGCCCGAACACGCCAACCGCGCCCACCGAGCCGGCCCCGCUCAGCAAGGAACUCGCCGAUGCCCAUGCCACCGAGAAACCCAAGCCCGCUGAGCCUGAGAACAACGACGGCCGCCUCGGAGACCUGCACUUCAAGCUGCGCUAUGAGAACGAGAAGAACGCGCUGGUGGUGUCCGUGGUGUCGUGCCAGGGUCUGCCGGGGCGUGAGCCGGCCGGCCCGGACCCGUAUGUCAAGCUGCAGCUGCUCCCGGACAAGCAGCACAAGGUCAAGACCAGAGUGGUGCGCAAGACGCGAUGCCCGGUGUACGACGAGGACUUCACUUUCUACGGCAUCGCACCCCACCAGCUCGCCGGCAUCACGCUGCACUUCGUCGUGCUUAGCUUUGACAGAUACUCCCGCGACGAGAUAAUAGGCGAGGUGGUGUCGCCGCUGUCGAACCUGCAGCUGCACAGCGGCGAGGCCAUGGCGCUGUGCCGCGAGAUACAACCGCGCAGCCUCAAGAUGCGCAGCGUGGGCCGCGGCGAAGUGCUCGUGUCGCUGUGCUGGCAGCCGGCCGCCGCGCGUCUCACCGUCGUGCUGCUCAAGGCGCGCAACCUGCCCAAGAUGGAUGUCACCGGACUUGCCGAUCCUUACGUGAAGAUGUACCUGUUGUACAACGGGCAGCGCAUCGCCAAGAAGAAGACACACGUGAAGAAGCGCACGCUGAACCCGGUGUUCAAUGAGUCGUUCGUGUUCGAGGUGCCGGCCGCGCCCAACGCCGCGCUCGACCACGUCUCGCUCGAGCUGCUCGUGCUCGACUGGGACCGCGUCACCAAGAACGAGGUGAUCGGUCGGCUGGAGCUGGGCGCGAACGGCACGGGCAGCGCGCGCCACCACUGGCGCGAGGUGCAGGCCGCGCCGCGCCGCCAGAUCGCAGACUGGCACAAGCUCAAGGAGUGAACCACCACACCACCACACUACCACACCCGCGCACCAAACACACUCGCUCAUACAUUCCACACAUAGUACCCGAUUAACACAUUCCGACAUGCGUUCCGGAUUUAGUUUACAAGUUACCCAAUGAUAUAAUCAGCUUGAAGCCAAAUUAAAUAUUUAGUUGGAAUUCGCGGGAUAAUGUUGCCAAAUGCAUGUAUUUUUCUCAGAGACACUGUUAUUCACAAAAAGGAUGAUAUCCACAUAGACACAUACAUUAACAUUUCAUUCCGUAGGGCAGUUUAUUUUGAGCAGUUUCUUUAUUGUUUGUCACUGAUUACUGUCGCACGGUUCACGGAUAGAUACGAGUAGGGUGGCAAAGCCAAAGUCCAGACACAGGUAUGAAAAGUGUUGAUUUAGCGUUAAUUUGUAAUUAUAUUAAUAAAAUAAUGAUAUUUUAUUGUAGAUAGACGAAAUUAUCAUGUUAUUUUACUAAUUCGGUGUUAUUUCAUGCGUUCAUCUUAUUUAAGAUAAUUUAAUGGAAUACGCACAGUUUCAUUCCCUUGUGUACUCCUGAUCAUCUAGUUUAUGGACAUGAUCUCGAUUUAGUGUAGAAGCGCGAUAAUUGCUUGUUUCUAGCAUCCGGCUUUAUAAAAACCUUUAAGAAACACACCAAACUUGAAUUGUUGUUUACGCCCCCGCUAAAGUGAUAAAACAUUUAUGCAUGCCUGGCGAACAACUACCAACCCUUAUAAUGAGAUAUCAAAAAACAAUUAAUUUGUGAGAUGAGAUUGACUUUUAAUUAUAGCGAUUAUCACCUUUGGAAUGCUAAAAACAUUUAUAAGACAUAAAAACGUUAUCAAAAAACAUUGAAGAGUUCUGCCGUCUCCACAUGGCGUGAUUUUUGUCGUUUAUUUGGAUAUUUAAAUGUUUUUCGUUUAUCUGUUACCUUCCCUGCGUAUAUAAAAUAUGAGUGUGCUCUUCUAUUUUAAUAUCAUUGUAACGAAAAAUUAGUUCAACUUACGGGUACCUCAUAACACAAGCAAAUCAUUUACAUACCUCACGAUAAAGACCUAAUCGCAGUAUAUGUAUUUGACUUAAAUAUCUAUUAUAAGUAUUAAAUAAUCAAAAAUUCGGUAACUACCUAAAAUGUAGAAAAAAAAUCUUUAAAAACUAAGAAUUUAUGAGUGCUUAACGCCUGACGAAUGAUUUUUGGCUUGGAAACAUCAGGGUGGAGACCAAACUACUGUGUAGAGAUAUUAACAUCCUUUGGCGUUAAACGCACAAUAAAACGAAAUGUAUCUAGAUGUAACUUAUAAUCGAAAUUUCAAGAUUCAUUCAUCUAACGUAGCGUAACAAAUUUGUUCACGCUAUAAAAAUAAAGUUUAUUUGUUUAAGUAAAUGUAACGAAUUUUGAGUUCCUGCCCGGACAUAUUUAUGCGUGAACAAAAUUGACUUAGUUUGAUACUCAUUAAUUAUAAUAUGUAUAGUUUAUAGGUUAGAGAAAUAAAUCUAUUUUAUACUAACGUUAGGUGUUACCUUUGAAUCUAGAGUUAAAUGUACGAGCUCAUGACAAAGGCUUUGAGCUUAUAGUCACGUGUACCUCCUAGUGUCGCUGUAUCACUGUAAGAGUAGUUGCGCUUUCACUGUUGAUCUCACUUACAUUCCGUGUUGAUUCUUAUAAAACAAUAAACCUUACUCAGCCCACAUAUGAUCUGUUUAAAGAUAAUAAUAUCUAAAGAGCUCUACAGGAUAAUCGACAAUUUCGCGAUGAGAUUCAAAUUGUAUGUAAAUUUUUCUGGGCUUGUGUCGUCAUUAUUUACUGUUAUGUAAUGCCGUGAAAUAGCGCUCUAUUAUUCGUGUAUAAUAAAUUGAAAUCGAAGUUUUAGCGCGUUUAAUUUAUCAUGUAUGUCGCUUGAUUCAUUGAAACAUAAUUAAAAUAUUUAAAAACUAUAUUAUUAUAAGAACCCAAACUCCAUACUUAAACAUUCCAAAUCCGAUGGUGUAAAUAUUAGUAGCUUAGUCAUCCAUUAAGCUUUCAUUCUAAUUGUUAAUAUAGGAUUUAAAUUAAGUACCUUUAGGUCCAAUCGUAUUCAAUUGUCGAAGUAUUUUAGUGUCAAAAAUUUGAAAAUAACGGAAUUUAUGGCGUCGAAAUACGACAAUUCGUGCGUUUGGACCUUAUAUUGUAUGUAAUAUCUCCGUUUCAAUGAAAACUCAUGUGUUUUUGUAUUUCUUAAAUGUUAAUGAGUGUUGUAGAAGCAACCACAAUAUAAUUCUCUCAAAAUUACCAUUAAAACUGUGAACGGUUUCAAGCCGAGACAUAUUGUUGACCAUUCCCAUGCUUGAUAAAUUUGUAAUAGAGAA